ACUGUAAAAAAUGAUUGAUGCAAAUAGUUGUACAAAUGAGGAUAUACAUGUUGGAUCAACAUAAUGGUUGUGUCAAAAAAGAAAAAUAUGUUUGGUCAAUGAUUACAUGAUUUCCAUGACUGUACUACAAAAUGUUCAUCAGGAGAAAAUAAAUAACGGUGUUCACAGAAUUUUUAACAUUGCACAAAAAAUAUUAUGUUGGCCGAGCAAGAGGGAACAGCGUCAAUCGUCUGAGCAUGCGCAAAGGAGUUCUACCAGGCUUUUGAAUUUCCCCCGCCACGAGUCACGACAUUGAAUUGGUGAGUGAAUUUUCUUUAUUUGUGUUGCGAGGUAAUUAGCAAAUUUAGGUUAAGAAUAUAUCUUGUGAGUAACGUUAAGUGAUUAGCAUUCCUUUCCAACUGGCAUGCGGUUUUAACGUUGAACCACACGGUUAAGCAUCGCAUGGGUUGCCACCUGUGCCGGUUUUACCAGGAUUGUCAUUUGUCCUUCUUUUUAAUAACUUGCCUCGGGAAAUUUAAGCACUCGUUCGUUUCCGAAACCGAAAGGCUACGUGAAUGUUCAAACUGUGUAGUGCGCGGCCGCGUGCACGGCACAGAGGGGGAGACCUCGCACUCGACAUGUUAGAAACGCAUGUAAUUCCCGGUGGGCGGGUUGUCGAUAUGUCCCGGUUUUUUAUCAGACAUAGGUAUUUUUUCAGACUUAAAGCUAAAUGCAGUGUCGCUAUUGUACAUUUUCACAUCUGCAGCAAGACACAGGCUACAGGCUUCAUCAUUGGCAAACUUAAAGCUAAAUGCAGUGCUGCUUUUGUACAUUUUCACAUCUGCAGUGCACAUAUGCAAUGCUUCAUCAUUGGCAAGCAGACCACAGAUCUAACCACUUAUGGGUCUGCUGUUCUUCGUGGUCUUCCCCUGUACAUGAGAGAGCCAGCUUCAAUUUCAAAGACUAUUAAGAAUACUGAGGCACUGGGGCCACACACAAAGGCCAUGAAAAUGGGGAUCCUGGAAGUGACUGACAGUUCUACCAACUCAGGACCAUAUUCCACAGUGGUCAAUGUGGCUGUAGUACUGGAGGAGGAAGUUGUCAUGGACAAUUUGGAAGACUUCACAAAUGCCCUCGUGAUGCUCUUUGGUCUGCUUUAUGCUGUAAAAUGGAGUAAGGACUUAAGGUACACAUUUGAGGCAGUCCAGAAGAUUAUCUUAAACUGCUGCUCUGGAACUUGUUGAUCAAAUAAAUUGAUAUUUGAUUUGUAAAGCAGUAGGGAUGGGCAAUGGUUAAUCGUGAUUAUUCGC